ACCAUCGCUAACGCCCCUUAGUUGAGUUUUGGUUUGAUUGCUGGAUGCUUCUGAUCAAUAGAACAGGAAGAGGAGUCAGCCAAAAAGAAACACCACCAAAAGUAACGACCACCAAGAUACGCAUAGUGAUUCGAUCUUUUGAUCACCCAUUUUUGGAAAACCUUUUUUUGGGGCUUCCGCCUUACACACGGAAGAUUGGAUUGCCUGAAUCACGAGUCUUAUAUACUGUGUUACGAUCACCUCAUAUUGAUAAAAAGUCCAGAGAACAAUUUGAAAUGGAAAUCAAGAAACAAUUAAUUGUUAUAAAAACAGAAAGGCAUGAAUUGCGCAAGAAGUUCUUUCGGUUAAAACGCCGUGCGACUCGGAGGACAUAAGACUUCUUGGUCAAGCCAAAAAGAUUGCCGACUGGAUGCUCCUACCCCACCAUGCCUGGCCCUUUACCUUAAGAAGAAGGGGGUAUGAAGCGUGGGAAAGAAUGCAAGAAGUGUAUGAUACAACAGGUAACCUUAAGGAGUGGCGGCAAAACUCUUGAUUGAUCAACGCGAGUGAACUGUGCUUAGACGCUUCGUAAAACCGCACCGCAUCUACGAGAGGAGCUGAUGGAUGAGUAGGCUUCCCCUUUCGAUUCACGGAAUGUGAUCUGGGACACGAUGGGAGUUUGCGUGCCUCGGUAGGAAAGAGAUCACCGGAGUAUAGCACAAGAUCGCCUUUUCUUGCUGCCAUGGGGUCGACCUGUGAACAAGGUAAACCCAAUGGGAACCAAAAAACGGGAGGGUACCGCAUUGGGCAGAAGACGAUCCAAAAAGCGAAGGCUCACCCAGCUGAAAAACUACAGCGCGCGCGUUAGCGCAACGGUGCUCUACGAUCAGCUUUACUCCGCCCAAGUGCUUGCCCCUUACUAAUAAAGGAAGCCAACAAGCGAGAAAACUACAGGGUGGUCGUAGAUCAGGGCGAAGAAAGCCCCAACUCUAAACCUUUUAAGGGUGGUCUACGAUCAGCAGCAAUCAAACUACUGCGUGUGCUAACGCGCCGCGCUAGCAGCAAUCAAACUACUGCGUGUGCUAACGCGCCCCAUGCAACCAAGCACUUGGUCUACGAUCAGCUAGCGCUCAGGCGCGUGCUAACGUGCGCGGAAGGAUUGCUUGUGAUCUACGACCACCCUCCGCUUGCUGGGCGCGCUAGCUAAAGCUAGCGCCCUUAUUUGGUUUAGUAAAGGGGGGUCGCCCUAAACGAGUAAGGCCGGAUUUCAUCUCCUGCGCCCUGAUUUACAAUCAGCCUGAUUUACAACCAGCCUGCGGUCGAGCUGGUCUAAGACCACCCCUGUAGUUUUCUUCGCAGGAGUGCGCAUCCGCGCACUUCCGUUUUCCCUUUACGUCUAAGGGGGGUGAGAUAGGCGACAGGUAGCUUGCUUCCAAGCCGAUAGGAUAGGCGGCGGGCCGGGCGUAGAAGCGAGUCGCCAGAAGCUUUCGGUAGCUUAGCUUGCUUCCAAGCCGGCCCGGCCGCGAGGGUGCCGCAAGGUACUGCCGGUGCUGACUUGGAUCUCGGGUGACGGAAUAAGGCGGCCAGAAGCGACGAGCAGUCGCGGUCGAAGCUUGGCUGACGCCGAUAGGCUAGCAGUAAGCUUGGCUACAGCGAAGCGCUUACCAAGCGCGAAGGAAAGGGCCUUCGCCACUUGAGCCGUAUGCGGGGGAACUCGCACGUGCGGUUCUUAGGGGGGGAGAGCUAGUAGGAGCCAUCCUAUCCCAAUAGCGUAUAUUUGGAGCUCAAUAUGAAAUCCUAUUUUCUUGCAAGACCCGUUCGGAUAAGGGCAAACUCCAGAGAUUGCUUCGAAGGCUUACAGCACCUUGCGUUGACCCUUUCCUGAACCAGAACCGGGGGGGUGAGAGGAAAAGGGGAUCAAAAUGUCCCAUCAAUAAAGUGAGGGCUUUCCGGACCUUCCUCCUUUCAGCACGACCCUCAAAAAGCCUUUUUCAAUAAGCCCCUUAGGGAGCGGGGCCCCUCUCUGAUAAGGAAGGAAACGAUAUAAUCUCAAUUUUACGACAAAUCCGGUCCGAUGGCUGUUCUCCACUAACCACAAAGAUAUAGGGACUCUAUAUUUCAUCUUCGGUGCCAUUGCUGGAGUGAUGGGCACAUGCUUCUCAGUACUGAUUCGUAUGGAAUUAGCACGACCCGGCGAUCAAAUUCUUGGUGGGAAUCAUCAACUUUAUAAUGUUUUAAUAACGGCUCACGCUUCUUUAAUGAUCUUUUUUAUGGUUAUGCCGGCGAUGAUAGGUGGAUCUGGUAAUUGGUCUGUUCCGAUUCUGAUAGGUGCACCUGACAUGGCAUUUCCACGAUCAAAUAAUAUUUCAUUCUGGUUGUUGCCACCAAGUCUCUUGCUCCUAUUAAGCCCAGCCUUAGUAGAAGUGGGUAGCGGCACUGGGUGGACGGUCUAUCCGCCCUUAAGUGGUAUUACCAGCCAUUCUGGAGGAGCAGUUGAUUCAGCAAUUUCUAGUCCUCAUCU